ACCUCAUAUCCUCUGCAUCACUUCCUGUACAUGCUGAGAGGCAGAUCUGGGCUGUAUUCUGGCACAUUUACACACACACGAUCAUCUGCUGUCAGUAGCGCGCACGACUGAAGUCUAGAGUCUCUUUGUCCGCGACCAGAGCGCCUUCAUCAUGACCCAGAGGUGAUCCUCGCCGCGGUGGUUCUGGGAGUCCAGGUCUGCGGUGAGAGAGUUGAAGAGAGAGGUCUCUUUAUAGGUGUAAGGAUUGCCCAGGGCCACAGCGCCCACAAUCUAAAGGAGCGCAGCACUUUUCAGCCAGGAUUGAAGAUCAGGAUGGAGAAGGAAGAUCUCAAGGUUGUCAACAGGGGUUUGGAGGAUGAGAUGGAGUUGAGAGGGUUCCGUCUGUGCCGAUGGAAACUGGUUCUAGUGUGUUGUGGUGGUUUCUGUACAGGUGGUUUUCUUUUCCUACUGCUCUACUGGAUGCCUGAGUGGUGUGUGAAGGCCACAUGCACACGGACCACUGUCAGAGACGCAGAAGUUGCUCUGUUACGCAGCACUGAUGAAUUUAAGCGCUGGUUUCGGGCGAAGGUUCGGAUAAUGCUGGCUCCUGGGAAGAACCCCUAUGACACCCUGAAUUCCCAGACCGCCUCCCCUCAGGCCAAUGACCACGCCCACAACAUGACUGACUCCACCCACAACAAAAUCAGCAGGAGUGUAGAAAGCCAGCAAGUGCAGAUCCGCUAUUUCACCCUCCACAGCACAAAAUACUUUUGGAACGACACUAUCCAGAACUUUGAAGUGUUAAAAGGCCUGGAGGAUCUGAACAUCAGCUGCUCAUCCGUUCAUUCAAAGCACAGUGCCGGACUCAACAAGAACCAGCAGGAGUACAGGAGAUUUUUUUUCGGUCUGAAUGAAAUUGAUGUGAAAGUGCCUUCUCUUUUCAAGCUGCUAAUUAAGGAGGUCCUCAAUCCUUUCUACAUCUUCCAGCUCUUCAGUGUUGUUCUGUGGUGUACAGAUGAAUACUAUUACUACGCAAUGGCCAUAGUCGUCAUGUCCUUCAUAUCAAUAGCUACCUCUCUCUACACUAUUAAAAAGGUGACAAUAUGUUGACGGCCAUCUCUGUGGCGCGAGACUGUGGCAUGAUUCAGCCACUGGACCUGGUCAUUAUUGCAGACGCGGUGCCCCCAAAGGAUGGACAGGCUGCCAAGAUCAACUGGCACUAUGCCGACAAACCCAGCAAACACUCCAACAAGCCCACCAAACUAGAGGAGGUGGAGAUUAUUUUGGAAGAUGGUCAUUCUGUGGAUGAGUCCAGAUCUCAGGAACAGUAUCACUUCGCCAUGAGCGGAAAAUCUUUCGCUGUAAUUAUUGAGCAUUUCCAGGACCUGCUGCAGAAGCUGGUGCUUCAUGGGACUGUGUUUGCAAGGAUGGCGCCUGACCAGAAGACUCAGCUUGUGGAGACUUUAGAAAGUGUAGAUUAUUUUGUAGGGAUGUGUGGUGAUGGAGCGAAUGACUGUGGGGCACUGAAGAGAGCUCAUGCCGGGAUCUCACUGUCAGAACUGGAGGCUUCAGUGGCGUCUCCUUUCACCUCCACAACUCCCAGCAUCACCUGUGUGCCCAACCUCAUCAGAGAAGGCAGAGCGGCUCUCAUCACCUCCUUCUGUGUGUUCAAGUUCAUGGCGCUCUACAGUAUUAUUCAAUGCCUCAGCGUCGCACUGCUCUACUCCAUUGGCAGUAACCUGGGUGACUUCCAGUUUCUCUUCAUAGACAUGGCCAUCAUUCUUCUGAUCGUCUUCACCAUGAGUUUGAACUCUGCGUGGAAGGAAUUGGUGGCCCGCAGGCCUCCCUCUGGCCUGGUCUCAGGUCCUCUUCUCUUCUCAGUCCUCACACAGAUUCUCAUCUGCCUGGCUUUCCAGAUCAUUGCCUUCCUCUUGAUCCAGAGGCUGGACUGGUACUCCAAGCCUGAUUUCUACAACUGCUCUCUUCCUCAUCACAUGAAUAACUACAGUAACUCCACCGGGACUAAAGAAGAAAAUAUCGUCAAUGAUGUGAACACCACACUGUUCUUCAUCUCCUCAUUUCAGUACCUCAUUGUUGCCAUCGUCUUUUCCAAAGGAAAACCUUUCCGCCAGCCCAGCUACAAGAACUGGCCGUUUGUCCUCUCUGCUUUAAUUCUCGUCAUCUUCAUGUUUUUCAUCAUGUUUUUCCCAAUCUCUGGAAUCUACAAGUUUUUAGAGCUGGUGUGUGUUCCUUUGAGUUGGCGCGUGUCUAUGGUGAUUAUAAUACUGGCCAACACCAUAGUGUCCGUCAUCAUUGAGGGAGGAAUAGACAUGUAUGGAUCUAAAUGCCUCUCCUGGCUCUGCUGCCGGCGAAGAAAAGUUCCCAAGGCACGCUACAUGCAUCUGGCACAAGAAUUAAGCGUAGAUCCUGACUGGCCCCCCAAACCCAAGAGCACUACUGAAGCCAAACCCGCCCUACAUCCAGAUGACUGCUCCUACCAGAUCGAGGCGAUUUCCUAGCAUUUCUUUCAGCAGUAAAUACACUCCGUAUUGCACGUCCAAACCACCAGGGAUUUCUGUAAACACUGUCAAAAACAAUUACGAAAAGACCAAAAACCUGCUAGGGGAGAGCUGUCUUUCUUCCUGGAUUAUUUUGUUUGUUUGUUUCACUUCUGCUGCUCAAGAUUGUUUCCUUUUUUAAAUGGGUGGAGUUUACAGGCUGGGAACUGUAGAAGCUCCGCCCCCCCCCCCGGGCAUGCGGCUCGUCACCGAUAUUCCCUUAAAGCAUCAUGUAGACCGCAAAACGAUUGAACUCAUUA